UUAAUUUCGCAGUUGAAUCUUACCUAUAGAAGUAAAAGUUUGCAUAAAAAAUUUAAUAAUUUUGAUUACUUCGUUUGUUCUUUUUUUUUUAAGGAUUACAAAUCUCUAAUAUGAUACCACAUGUUUGCCAAUUUCUAUUAGUGCUAUUAAAUGGAUGUAAUAAUAUAACAUCAACAUUUCCUCAAGUGACAAAUAGUAAUGGGACAUACCAAAUUCAAUCAUCCGGUUGUAAUUGUUCUUGUACAAAUUAUCCAAAUAUUCUAAAUUUGUGUCAGCUGUCUAAUGUGACAAUACCUCCUUGUGCUACAACUGUGAGUGAUGUAUCAGAACCAACUAGUUUACUAUCAACUACUCCUGGCUUAACGACUUUGACGACGGAAGAAGAUGAUGAUGAUAUAUUUAAUGAUCAAGCUCGCAAGAAAAAAACGACCACAAGUAUGCCAACUUCUUUGGCGUCAACCACUACACUUAAUCCAAUAACUGGCAAUAUACAAUCGACUAAUAUGUUGAUAACUGAUAGUGAGAUGACUCCCAAUCCACCUGAUAGUUCUAAUCUGCAGAAAGAUAACUCAAGCACCCAGACUACUAUUGAUGUGAAAGAAUUUUCUACAACUCCUAGUUUAUCUUCUGGUUCUACGAAGGAUAUACCUCUACUAAAAACAAUGUCUACUCCUGUUGCUCUUGAAUCAUCAACUGAAAAAACUGCUAUAACUGAAAAGGAUACAACUUCUCCUCGUUCUACCACUGGUAUUGAUAGUAGACUAUUAACGGAAAAUGAAUUAACUUCAACAAGUUCUGGUACUACUACUACAUCUCCAGGAGAACAUGUUAGCCCAGGUGAUCAAUCAUCUACGAGUCCAUCAAUCUCUACUAUUCAAUCAUCAACAUCCAGUAAAACUUCAGAAUCUUCGAUUAGCGGUUCAUCAACACCAAGAUACAAGUUAAGUACAGUGCCUGAAGAAAAUACUCCAACCAAAGAUAAUUCUGAUAAUACUAGUUCGACAAAAAGUUUAUCGACAAGUACUUUGUCAAUAGAUGUUACCACCAAAACUUUUCAAACAUCAACAAUGGAUAGAAAAAGUACUACUAGUGUUGAUUAUAUCAGCUCAACUCAAAACCAAAAUGAAGAAAAAAUAACAACUCCAUUAUUUACUACAAUAGAAACUUCAACUACUCUUUCUGCUAAUAAUCGAAGCAGUCCUAAUCCUUGCGAUACUACUGGAUUAUCAACUAAGUCAGAGAAAAAAGAAGAGGAUAGAUCAACCACAGUCAAAUAUAGUAUGACGGAUGCUUCCACAUUAACGACUCAAUAUGAUCACAUUUCUACUGAUUCAAGUGUAAAAUCAUCUGUAUAUUCUGAUGCAACUCCAUAUAGAGUUACUUUAUUACCGACUAUGACUACUGAAGAAGAAGAUGAUGAAAUAUUUAAUGAUAAAGCUGGCAAAAAGAAGCAAACUACAAAGACUCCAACUACUUUAGAAUUCAUUGAAUCAAGUUCUACACCAUAUUUAAUGUCCAGAGCAACAAGUGAACUGACUACUGAAUCACCUGAUAUAAUUACUACUACAUGGUCAACAACAGAUCUCGUAUCGACGACACAGCCGUCUAAUGACUCCUAUUGUGAUCUCACCGAUCAAUCUACUGACAAAUCCAUAGAUCCGAUGAACAAUACCGAAUUGACAUCUUUACGAAGAGUAAAACGUAGCUUAUUCAAUUACGGAGUUAAAUUAUCAGAAGUUCUUCUCAAAGAUGAUAAAUCAAACGUUGCUCUAUCUCCAAUUAAUUUUGCGUUAUUACUAGCAAUGGUUAGAAGUGGAUGUCGUUCACCCAUGAAAGAAGAAUUUGAUAAAGUUUUAGAUCUUAGUUUUUAUCCAAAUGACAAUCGCUUGAAGCUUUUUAAAUCCAUUGUCGAUUCUGUCAAUAAUAUAACUAAUAAUUCAAGUGUUGAAAUAUAUAUGGCCAAUAAAAUAUAUUUACCAAAUGAUGUGGAUGUAAAUCGUAGAUUUAUAAAAUUGACAGGAAUUAUUUUUCAAUCAGAACCACAAACUAUUGAUUUUCAAGAUAUAAACUCUACAGUCCAACAAUUAAAUAAUUGGAGUUCUAAUCGUACUAAUGAUAAAAUUCCAGUGUUUAUAGAUUCAAAUCAUUUGAAUUCUUCAACCUCUGUGUUACUGACGAGUGUAACAUAUUUUAGUGGAAAUUGGUCAAAUCCUUUUGAUCGUCAGUUUACCAGUAAAAAUUUAUUUUAUGUUAAUGAUAAUACGACAAAAAAAGUAUGUACUAUGAUUCAAGUAAACAAAUUCCGUUACGGACAACUUCCAGAUCUUAAGGCAGAAUUCGUUGAACUUCCUUUUGAAAGUGGUGAUAAUAAUUCUUUAUCAAUGAUUAUUAUGCUUCCAACAAAUGGAACAAGUCUAAAUACAGUGGUUGAAAGGCUAAAUGAGCUUACAUACUCACAACUCACCGCAAAUUCAUCAAUUGAAGUUGUCGAACUAUCUUUACCUAAAUUUCGGAUUGAAAAUGUUAUCGAUUUAGCCGAAAAGCCAGAAGACUUUGGACUGACGAAUAUAACAAAUGACAGUAAUGAUUUCAAGUGUGUUGUGGAAUCGAAACCUUUAAGAAUAAGUCAUAUAAUACAGAAAACUGUUAUUGACGUCCAUGAAGGUGGCUGCUGGAAGGUUCCAAUGAAUUAUAUUUGUCCGAAAGAAGUACAUAGCUGCAGUAAUACUUCUAGCAUCAAAUUUGUGGUGAAUCAACCCUUCAUAAUAUUAGUUGUUAGCUCUGAUAUGAUACUCUUCAGUGGUAGAGUAAAUGAUCCAAGUUUAAAAUCGGUUAAUACUAAAGUGUGAUUAAUAUUGUUAUUAAGAUUUAAUGUUUAGUAAAAUUAAUAUUUGUUAAGUACUUCAUUAGUGUAAUUGAAUUUAAGUCGAUUAAUUGUAUAGUAUUAAACUAGAGUUUUCAUUAUAAAUUAAUCGUCUUUCCCAGAAGUCUUCAUCAUGAAUCAUCUUCAUUCCUUGAAAUCGAUGAUUUUUCGCACAAUUGUUCCGAAUUUUUUCAAUUGUACAUACUAUGCUAUCAAAUGUAUUUAUCUCACUCUAUUACUAUUGUUUCAAUGCUUGACUGAAAAUAAUUUUUAUUUUCAAUACUUUUCUAAAAUUAUAACUUUAAUAAGAAAAUCAAUAUCAAUCUCCAGCCAGAAAACAAACUUUAAUUCAGAGUCAGAUAAGUUUUUACUUUUGUAUAAUAAUAAGUAUAGGUUUGAAAAUGUCUUGUUGGAAAUAGAAUUAAAGAGCACACUGAGCUUCACAAAGCAUGUGUUGCUUAGUCUUAUUUUAAUACAAAAAUGAUGUAUAAAUUUAUUAAGAUCCAAUAAAAUUAAUUUGAAUGACA